AUGGAGAUUUUGAUCAAUCAACGUAUUGUAGGGCUUAACCCCAAAGGGAGCCCUUCCAAAAAUUCUCGACGGCCAAGGCAGAACCCAGGCCGAAGAGGGGGUUUGGAAAUAGUUUUCAACCAGCAAUAGACGCGCCUCGGUUAGAACCUCACUAGCUGCGUCAUUGCCCCAAGCGCAA